ACCUUGCUAGCCAGAUGCUAACCGUCGCAGCAGACUAACAAGUAGCAGCAACGUUGGUCCGCAGUUAUACUACAGACAGUACUGCGGUUUAAACAUUUUAACUGAAAAAAACAGGACGCGUCAGGACACGUUACGAUACGUCAGGAUACUUGUUUAUGUAGAGGCGAACCACUGUAAAGUUAAGUAACUUAACUACCGCUAACGUUAUAGCUAACUAGCUAUUCCAGAAAGUUCUGUGUUCAGCCUGGCAGGGGAGGUGUUUUCUAACGUUACACUGUUGCAGUAAAUUUGUCGCAGUAAACACAAAUCAUGGUGUUUUUGGCGCUGGCAGAGGUGGCCAUCACCUCCAUCAAUCCUUAACAGACUUCAAAGUCCGUAACGUUGGCUGAAAUCAACCACCUUCAAAACGGCAGUAGCAGGGGAGAAACUGGACUCAUCCAGCUCAACAGCCAAGUCAAAGAUGGAGUUAGCCUCGGCUCACCCGGCUCUCAAAGCCUUUAUGUGUGGUUCUCUCAGCGGCACUUGCUCUACGCUGCUCUUCCAGCCUUUGGAUCUGGUCAAGACACGGCUACAGACUCUGCAGAACAACGCCAAGCCGGGUGCACCGAAGGUGGGGAUGUUUGCUGUUUUCGUCAAUGUUAUUAGGACAGAGAAUUUCUUCAGUCUUUGGAAGGGAGUUUCACCAUCAUUUGUGCGCUGUAUCCCUGGGGUCGGCAUCUACUUCAGCACCUUCUACUCGCUGAAGCAGCACUUCUUCCUGGAGCGGGCACCCAAUGCAGGUGAGGCUGUUCUUCUCGGAGCUGGUGCAAGAGCUUUGGCUGGUGUCUGCAUGCUGCCAUUCACCGUCAUCAAGACACGCUUUGAGAGUGGCUGUUACAACUAUGUGAGUGUGCCCGGGGCUCUGAAGAGUGUGUAUGAGACAGAGGGAAUCCGGGCUCUGUUCUCAGGGCUGACUGCCACGCUGCUCCGAGACGCUCCGUUCUCCGGCAUCUACGUCAUGUUCUACAGCCAGGCCAAGAGGGCUCUGCCUCAAGAGGUGACUUUGUCGGCCUAUGUCCCACUGGUGAACUUCAGCUGUGGAUUGGUGGCAGGUGUCAUGGCUUCGCUGGUAACACAGCCUGCAGACGUGGUGAAGACCCACAUUCAAGUCAGCCCAUCCCACUGGAGCACGGCAGAUGCUAUUCGCUACAUCUACAUGGAACACGGCAUGGGAGGGUUUUUUCGUGGGGCUGUACCCAGGUCUCUUCGGCGCACUCUAAUGGCUGCUAUGGCUUGGACUGUCUAUGAACAGCUGAUGGCUCGAAUGGGCCUCAAAUCCUGAAGAGCAAUGGUACUGAGCCAUGGAAAAAAAAGAUGAAAUAUGAGGGGAUAAUGAUCUUUUUUCUCACUGAAAGCGUCAUGCAAGAAAAAAAGGGAACGAGCCAACGAGCUUAUAGAGAGUGAGCCAGCACUACCAGGAGGAACCAGGUGGAUACAUGUCGAAAAAAUGAGUGAGGUGUGUGUGUGUGUGUGUGUGUGUGUGUGUGUGUGUGUGUGUGUG